CUGGGGAAGCAGGGAGGUGCCACUGUGCUCGUAGUUGCGUCCUUCGGUGUCCUCCCCGUGUCCUUGCGGUGUCCUAAAGGGAUCCUAGCACUUAGAUACUUAGGCCGUUGCUAUGGAGAUCGCCCGAGUCAGAGCGAGCGAGGAUUCUCAAACCACGUAAACGGGACCUAAAGUGAAGCGGUGACUGUAAACAGGCGACGGGGCACUCUGGGUCCUCUUUUUAAGUGGCCCGGACCCUUUUUAAGUGAACGCGGCAUUCGGGUGGGUUUAGUAGCCGCUGUCUGGCCCGGAGCUGAAGGCAAGCCGGAGCCAGGAUGCUGACUGGACAUCUGCAGAACCUGAUCCAGGCCGUGAGUCAGCAGUACGCCAGGUGGAGUAUUCACUCUACUGGCGCUGAGUCCGGCGAGGAGGACUCUCAGCACACGCAGCAAGUACGUGUGAGAGAGGAAGGAACCGCUCGCGGUGGCCACAAUGGUUUCGACGAGCUCCGGCGGUACAUCAAGUCUGGGGGGGAGUUCUGCAAGGAGCUGGCCGCCAUCAUGAACGAGAGGGCGGAACUGGAGGCCAACUACGCCAAGGGCCUGCACAAGCUAUCAGCCAAACUCCUGAAGGCGUCAAAAGAGAGCAUGGGCACUGUCAACCAGGCCUGGCAGAUGGUGGGGGCCGAGCUCGAGCAGGAGGGGGACCUACACAAAUCAAUUGCAUCAGCAAUCACAGAUGACGUUGUAAGACCACUCCGACAGCUCAUAGAGACACAGCACAAGAUCCGCAAAGGAGUAGAGAGCAUGGUUGACAAAACCACCAAGAAUCUGCAUGACUGGCGAGCUGCAGAAUCCAAGUCCAAGAAGCAGUGCUAUGGGAACUGCCGAGAAAAUGAGAAGAUUCAGGACAUGAUGCUCGAAGCGAGAUUGGGUCGAGGCAAAACCCUGUCAGAAAAGGAGGCUUUGAAGGUGGAGAAGCAAAGACGAAAAGCUGAAGAAGCAGUCCAGAAGAGUGACCUGGAGUAUUACACAUGUUGCAUCCGCACAGAACGAGCCAGACUUGAAUGGGAGUCUGCAAUUUACAAAGGCAGCAACUGUUUCCAGACUUUAGAAGAGGAACGCUUACAAGCACUGAAGGAUCUUGUUGUAAAGUACCAUAAGAAUGCAAAAGAAGCUGCCCCAAAACUAGUUGCUAUUGCAAGCCGUCUUGAUGACCCUGUGGCUGCAUGCGAUGUAGAGAAAGAUAUACAGACUGUGAUAUCUGCCAAGGGAACUGGAGAAAAUAUCCCAGAACAAAUGCUGCCUGACUUCUAUGCUGAAGAUAUGAACAAUAUCAUGAACAGAGAAAGAAGAAAAGAGGCUCUGGAGAAGUUCAUACAAAUGCUGAAAACUGAUCUGGAGCGAGAGAGACGAGGGAAGCAAGGUGUUGAGAACUUGGCAAAGGCACUACAGGAAACACCUACCUUCGGGGGUGAAGAAUCUCAGCAAGAUGUUAAUGAUAAGCUGCAACAUAUGAAGGCUAUGUUGGCGUACUUGGAAGCUGCACGAUACAAGGUUCAGUGUUCCCUGGAUGAGCUCAACAACAGGCCCAGGAUGACCCAUCCUUUGGCCAAACACAUAGAAGUCCAUAGAGACAAACAGGGCCUCAACUUCUCAGUUUUGAAGGUUCCACCAUGGGUACGAGGGAAUAGUGUAGACGUCUCUCCGGCUAGUGACUCACCAACAGGUUCUCCCAAUUGGAAUGACAGAGGCACAGCAGAUGGUACUUCAGUUCAGCCAGAUUCAGAUUUUGACGAGUUCAGCUCCCAGGGCUCAGACCGAGACUACCAGACCGCCGUAACAGAGGACAAUUUAGACUCAGGGAUCAAGGAUGGCACAUAUUAUGCUCGUCCUCUUGAAUCUGUGCCAACUGUUGGAAGGUGCAAGGCGCUCUAUGACUAUGAGGCCAAUAUGUAUGAUGAACUCACCAUCAGAACAGGUGAUAUAAUCAACAUCCAUGAUAAACAGCCUGAUGGUUGGUGGGUCGGUGAAUUGGAUAGUGUUGUCGGUAUAUUCCCUGCGACAUAUGUUGAGGAAAUCGAUUGAUGGCAGCCAUGCCCAGAGUGCUCAACUCUUGCCACAAAUGUAGUCCAGUGCCCACACCAACAUCUAUUGUGUGAAGAAAGCUUUGCUUAAUUUAUAUAUAUAUUUUUUUUAUAGUCCCUGCCAUUUUGUAAGAGAGAAGAGAUAUUAAAAG